CCAUUCACUGGCUGUCACACCGCGGCGGCUCCAGGACGAGCGAGCAACGGCAGUAAUCCCGCACACUGCUCCGUCUACACCCCCGCAGACAUGGCUCUGGAUGUGUCGACGCGCGCCGCGCUCCUGCCCCCCUCCCUCAGCGCCUUUGCGCUCUAGCUGUGCGCACCACCCACCCCCCCCCCUCCACUCGGCCCGUGGCCCGUCCCGCUACCGACCUGAAAGCUGUUGUUAUUGUUGUUAUUUUUUUAUUUUUUGAAGACCACGCCGUGUAGCAGAGAGGGGGACAGAAGAGACCGAGCGGCGGAGAGAGGGACCACCCGGUCGCGACAGAAGAAAGGGCCGUUUUUAGGAUACCGGGCAACUGGAGCGGCUUUUUGUGCGCGCUCCAUCAUGGCCAGCGACUCUCCGGCUCGGAGUUUGGACGAAAUCGACCUGUCCGCUCUGAGGGAUCCUGCUGGAAUCUUUGAGCUGGUUGAGCUGGUGGGAAAUGGCACCUAUGGACAGGUGUACAAGGGGCGCCAUGUUAAGACUGGCCAACUGGCAGCCAUCAAGGUCAUGGAUGUCACCGGGGAUGAGGAAGAGGAGAUUAAAGCAGAAAUUAACAUGCUGAAGAAAUACAGUCACCAUCGGAACAUCGCCACCUACUACGGAGCGUUCAUCAAGAAGAACCCCCCGGGCAUAGAUGACCAGCUAUGGCUCGUCAUGGAGUUCUGUGGAGCCGGCUCGGUGACGGACUUGAUCAAGAACACGAAGGGAAACUCUCUGAAAGAGGAGUGGACCGCUUACAUCUGCCGAGAGAUCCUCAGGGGUCUGACUCAUCUCCAUCAGCACAAGGUCAUCCACAGAGACAUCAAGGGACAGAACGUCCUGCUGACUGAGAACGCAGAGGUCAAACUAGUGGACUUUGGCGUGUCAGCCCAGUUGGACAGGACCGUGGGGAGGAGGAACACGUUCAUCGGGACGCCGUACUGGAUGGCGCCGGAGGUUAUCGCCUGUGACGAGAACCCCGAGGCCACGUACGACUUCAAGAGUGAUUUAUGGUCCCUGGGAAUCACAGCGAUAGAGAUGGCUGAAGGGGCGCCACCGCUGUGUGACAUGCACCCGAUGAGAGCCCUCUUCCUCAUCCCGCGCAAUCCCGCCCCCAGACUCAAGUCAAAGAAGUGGUCCAAGAAGUUCCAGUCGUUCAUAGAGAGCUGUCUGGUCAAAAGCCACAGCCAGAGACCCAGCACCGAGCAGCUUCUCAAACACCCGUUCAUCCGAGAGCUGCCCAACGAGAGGCAGAUCCGCAUCCAGCUGAAGGACCACAUCGACCGCACCAAGAAGAAGAGAGGAGAGAGGGAUGAGACAGAGUACGAGUACAGCGGCAGUGAAGAGGAGGAUGAAGAAAGGGAAAUGGGUGAACCAAGCUCCAUCAUCAACGUCCCCGGAGAGUCGACCCUGAGGCGGGACUUCCUGCGCCUCCAGCUGGCCAAUAAGGAGCGAUCGGAAGCGCAGCGGCGGCAGCAGCAGCAGCAGCUGGAGCAGCAGCAGAAUGAGGAGCACAAGCGCCUGCUGUUGGCUGAGAGACAGAAACGCAUCGAGGAGCAGAAGGAGCAGAGAAGGCGUCUGGAGGAGCAGCAGCAGCGAGAGCGAGAGCUCAGGAAGCAGCAUGAGAGGGAACAGAGGAGGCGCUACGAGGAAAUGGAGCAGCUCCGGAGAGAGGAAGAGAGGAGGCAUUCGGAGAGAGAACAGGAGUAUAUCCGUAGACAGCUGGAAGAGGAACAGAGGCAGUUAGAGAUUCUCCAGCAGCAGCUACUGCAGGAACAGGCAUUGCUGAUGGAGUACAAACGCAAACAGAUAGAGGAGCAGCGGCAGGCAGAGCGGCUGCAGAGGCAGCUCCAGCAGGAGAGAGCCUACCUUGUGUCUCUGCAGCAGCAGCAGCAGCAGGAGGGAAGGCAGGCAGAGAAGAAACCGCUUUACCACUACAAAGAUAUCAACAAUCCCAGCGACAAGCCUGCCUGGGCUAAAGAGGUCCCGAAGCAGCAGCAUGUUCAGAGUAACCUGCCCCGCCCCCAACCACGACAUCACCAGUCGUUCAACCGACCGGCUUCAUCCCCCGUCCCUCACGGCCAACACAGAGCUCAGGCACCUAAGAGAGCCCAGUGCGAUAAUGCCCAUCUCCUCCCCACCCAAAUCCCCAACAUCCGCAUUUCCCUAGACCCCGGAGAAGCCCUCGAUGCGGGGCUCUUGCAGGAGAUAAGUCAGCAGGUCAGAGAGUUCAGGGCUAGUUCUAGGGGCCAAAUUCCAGGGCCCAUCCUGGAACACACUCCAGGCAAAGGGCCCAGUAAGGAGCCUACUAAGGGUAACAAAGGGCGUCCUAGAAAAGAGCCAGUCAGCCAGUCCAAUCCAGUACCCAAUCCAUAUCCUGUGGGGCCUCAGAAAGAGAAGCCUAGAGACAGGCCUCUCUCUGCGCCCAGUCAGGCAGCCAUCCAGGGGCUAAUGCCUCCUGACCCACAGUUUAAGGCCCCACAACCUCAUCCUCAGCCGCCGGGACAGAUCCAGGCACCUCAGUCUGGAACUAAUCACUUAUCCAUCCCUGGGGUCAAACUGGUGGAGGAGCGAUCUAAGCUGAACAGACAGAGCUCCCCAGCGCUGCCGCACAAAGUGGCCAACCGCAUCUCCGACCCCUCCCUCCCUCCCCGCUCCGAGUCCUUCAGCAGUGGGGGCAUGCAGCCCGCCCGCACCCCACCCACCCACCGCUCCAUCGAACCACAGAUGGCGCACCUUAUUCCAGUGAAGAUCCACUCCGCCUCAAUGUCCGGCUCGCAGUCUCUGCAGGACCAGACGGGCUCGGCUCUGAGUGAGGGGCUUAGCGUGGGCUCCCCCAGGCCCGAGAUGCCGCGCCAGAACUCAGACCCCACUUCGGACACCCCCGGACCGCCGCAGCGCAUCACAGGCAGAGAGGACCGGGACAGAGACAAGGACCGGGACAGGACCGCCUGGCUGAGAGAGGAGGACCUCCCGCCCAAGGUCCCUCAGAGAACCACUUCCAUCUCCCCAGCCCUGGUCAGGAAGAACUCCCCUAAUGGAGGAGUGGGUCUGGGACCUCGCACAGGUUCUCACCUCAUACGGGCCAGUAACCCAGACCUGCGGCGCUCCGAGCUCUCUCUGGACGCCAUGCUGCAAAGAACUUCCUCCAACUCAUCAUCCUCCUCCUCCCCUUCAUCUCAGGGAGGCUCAGCUGAGAGGAGAGGUCAAGCCAAACUGGAAGAAUCCCCUCCAGGACCCAAUCAGGAGGCAAAGUCCAAACAGGAGGAGGGCCGUGAAUCUGCCAGACCCAGCAGACCUGCAAGCUAUAAGAAAGCCAUAGAUGAGGACCUAAGUGCAUUGGCCAAGGAACUCAGAGAAUUGAGGGUGGAGGAGGGCAGCAGACCGCCAGUCAAGGUGACAGACUACUCGUCCUCCAGUGACGGCUCAGAGAGCAGCGAUGAGGACGGGGAGACAGUGGGCCAUGAUGGGACUGUUGCUGUUAGCGACAUCCCCCGCAUCAUGCCAGCAGCAAAAAGCAGCGGUGAGACGUAUGGAGGGCUGACAGAGGACUCUCUGGGAGAUGCCUAUAAUAGCUCCAAGGAUGGCACUCUAGUGAUGAGAGAGACGGAGGAGAGGAGGAGAGGGAGCCACACUGAGAGUAAUGGGUUUGGGAAUCACAGUAACCACGGUAACCUCCCUGACCUGCUGCAGCAGAGCAACUCUCCCUCGGCAACACCCACCUCGGCUUUGCAGGAACUGGGCGACAUGGCGGAGUUCGGUCUGGGCGGGUCCAAAUCGUCCUUCACCCCAUUUGUUGAUCCCCGUGUCUAUCAAACCUCCCCAAGUGAGAACGACGACGAGACCUCCGCCGAAGCCAUGUUUUCUAGCGAGCUGCUGAGGCAGGAGCAGGCCCGGCUAAACGAAGCCCGCAAGAUCUCCGUGGUCAACGUCAACCCCACCAACAUCCGACCCCACAGCGACACUCCGGAGAUCCGCAAAUACAAGAAGCGCUUCAACUCAGAGAUCCUGUGUGCUGCACUCUGGGGCGUGAACCUGCUGGUGGGGACGGAGAACGGUCUCAUGCUACUAGACCGAAGCGGACAGGGAAAAGUCUAUAACCUGAUCACCAGGCGGCGCUUCCUACAGAUGGACGUGCUGGAGGGGCUCAAUGUGCUGGUCACCAUAUCUGGGAAAAAGAAUAAGUUGCGUGUCUACUAUUUGUCCUGGCUGAGGAACAGAAUAUUACACAACGACCCGGAAGUAGAGAAGAAGCAGGGAUGGAUUACAGUCGGGGAGCUGGAGGGCUGUGUGCAUUAUAAAGUUGUCAAAUACGAGAGGAUCAAGUUCCUUGUGAUUGCUCUGAAGAACUCUGUGGAAAUCUAUGCCUGGGCUCCCAAACCCUACCACAAGUUCAUGGCCUUUAAGUCCUUCACCGAGCUGCAGCACCGUCCCCAGCUGGUUGACCUGACGGUGGAGGAAGGUCAGAGGUUGAAGGUCAUCUACGGCUCCAGCGUGGGCUUCCACGUCAUUGACGUGGACUCGGGCAACCCUUACGACAUCUACAUCCCCUCGCAUAUCCAGAGCCAGGUGACGCCCCAUGCCAUCGUGGUGCUCCCUAAAACGGAUGGAAUGGAGAUGCUGCUGUGUUACGAGGACGAGGGCGUCUACGUCAACACCUACGGGCGGAUCACCAAGGACGUGGUGCUACAGUGGGGAGAGAUGCCUACCUCCGUUGCCUAUAUCCACUCAAAUCAAAUUAUGGGCUGGGGGGAGAAAGCCAUAGAGAUCCGCUCCGUAGAGACCGGUCACCUGGAUGGAGUCUUCAUGCACAAGAGAGCCCAGAGACUCAAAUUCCUUUGUGAGCGGAACGACAAGGUGUUCUUUGCGUCGGUGCGCUCAGGAGGCAGCAGCCAAGUUUUCUUCAUGACCCUCAACAGAAGCUCCAUGAUGAACUGGUGAGGGCUCUUCCCCGCGCUCCGCCCCGCCUCUCUCUUCCCCGUCAGCCCGGCCCGGCCUCACACCUCGGCCCCCCCGCGGCGCUUCUCACAAACGGAACAGAUCACAAGUGAACUCUACUAACACUCGAGAGACUAAAAAAAAACACGUAGGACAAAAGUAAAAAAGUUAACGUAGAUAAAAAAAAAAAAAAGAAGAAAAGAACAAAGAUCUUUUCUGAGUGAGGAGCCGUGCCGCCCCAGGUCACGUCGGGUCACGCAGAAGCCGCCGUCUCUCAACUGACGGGAGAACUGGUGCCACUGACUUUCCAAACAUCCUCUUCCUCUGUCGGUAACUGCAUUCAAGUGUUGAAAGCUGUAGAAAUGCACCCUGCCUCCACCCCUCCGUUCUUAAUCCUCUACUACUCCCUGGUAGAUCUAGCCAUCACCUUUUUUUUUUUUAAUUCUUUGACGCCCCGGUGCUCCGUUUGCUUCCUAUCUGCCACACGUGGGCUUCUUAACGGAGAACUUGCACCUCAGAGGUCGAAGGAAAAGCUGAAUAUGAUUUCAAUAUGAAUUGCAGUUCUUACAUUGAAUGGUGACAGGGCAGCUGAGGGAGGAGAGGUCUACUCCUGAUUGAUGUUUUCAUUCUUCUUCGUCACUCCCCUUCACCUCCUCCACUUCCUCUUCUCGCCUUCAUUUCGGGCCCCCGAGUAAACUGAAUGGUGAUUAUUGUUGGAUGGCAUUUUGCUGAUGGAGACGCGUUGAGACAAUCUGCUGUCACAGGUGGGUCGUCACAGUAUGCAAUGAUGAUGUCUGUGUCCCUUUAAAACAAAAUCACUGGCCCAUCGUUUCACCGCCAUCUCCCUCUUUUCCCUCUUACGUCUUUAAACUCUGAAGGUGCUGCAUCAGAUAUACUGUAAUAUUAAAUGAACAAUGAGAGCGUCAUUCGGUUCAGUCCUUUUUUUUAAAAAUUUCUGUUAUUUUAUUUUUCUGUGACCGAGUCGGUCGGUCUUUGAAGCGUGACGAAAUGUACAGCACAUACGUGUUUCUGAAAUCAGGAGUGUAUGUUAAUGUGUGUGUGUGUGUGUGUGUGUUUGACUUGGUGUUGAAAUGAGUCCCAUUCCAAUCAAAGUGGUACAUUAAAAUCAAUGUCCAAAAAUAAAAGAGUCGAGUAAUUCAGUCUCUGUGCGUGAACUUUUAGCCGAAUGCGACGUGGAGUGUGUUUACCUGCAGAUUUACAAUAUUGUCUUCUUAGUAUGACGUUUAUCAGUUAGUGUGUCUGAACAUCAAGCAUUUAAAGAUUUGCAAUAUAAGCGAUUGGUCUUUGUUUUUUGCUGUUUCUCUUUCCACAGUAUGUUUUGGGCUUUUCACAAAUACAGCCAUGCUGCUGUGAGGGAUUUAAAGACCCUUAUCAUGAAUUUAACCUCAACAGAACAUGCGCUGCAAUCCCAAAUACUGUGUGCAUGUGAAACAUGUCAUUAUCAGAACCUGUGGUGUCUUUUUGAAUCAUGCUCUUCCCUGAUUGGUUCUUCUGAAUUUUGGCUCCUUCCUGUUUGUAUAGUGCCUAGCAUGAUGUAAGCAAAACAAAAGUGGAGGUCAAAAGAUUAUCGCUCAUUAAUACUUUGAGUGUUAUUAUUUUCCUUUAACACAUUGCUGUUGUCAUUUCUCUUCUGAUGGAGAUAUAGGUCAACAUAUUUGAGACUUGAUUAAUUCUUUAAACUAAACAUGUUAUGAUGAAACGCUGCAAUUUCUUUCUGAAAACUUUACUGUAUCAAAUGUAAAAGACUAUUGAGGGUGGACUUCUUCAUGCAUAUUCAUCCACAUUGGAGAGCACUGUAAUGCAGAUUAGUCGCAUGUCCGGUGUAUACAGGGCAGGUUUGCCCUGUCAGGUUGGCCUAUGGUUAACAAACGAAAGGUCACAACACUGACUCACUGAAUUACAUCAUUUUUUUCUGUCAAAUUUGAAUUUCUUUUUAAAUUGAUUUGACAUUUUCAAGGACUUUGAACAUGUCCACUGAGUAGCUGCUCUUGCACAGUUGCAAGUAAGGAUCACAGAUUUUGAACAUUUUAGCAAUAAAGAGAGCUGAAGAAAACCACUGUCUUCCCUGUGUGUGCGGCAUGCAAUUGUGUGUAUAAUUAAAGAGAAAGUGUGAAUGGGGCAUUAUUAUUAUUCGUAUUACGUUUGUUCAUCACAGAAUUCACUCUUCCCGUUGGGAAAGGCUGUCAGUCAUCACACUGAGGACUCUCCUUUCAAAGACGAAACCACUGUAUUUUUAAUUAUGUCUAUUUCUUGUUUUCUUUAUUUUGAAAGAGCAUUACUAAUGUCCUGUUUGGGAUUUGUUUGUUUUGUAAAAGAGAUACUGUUAGAGAGAAAUAAAUAAAACUAGAGCAUUAUGUUUCUGGA